AAAGUAGUUCAUUUCUAUUACUUGGAGAGAGUUUCUCUUUCUCCCAAUAAUUUGGCUGCGCACCUGAGAAAAGCCCUUGAAAAACCCUUCUCAUUUCCUAAUUCCAACAACCGAAACAAAAAAAAUGAGUUCCCCAAGUAACGACCCAGAAACUGAAGAACAUGGUGACGUAUUUCUUGAUGAAUCUGAUAUCAUUCAUGAAAUUCCUAGUGAUGAAGAAGAGCUUCCUGAAGCUGAUGAUGAGCAGGGUUCUGAUGAUGAAGAUAUUGAGGAAGCUGAUGAUUCUAUGCAUAUAUUUACUGGCCAUUCUGAUGAGCUUUACACGGUUGCCUGCAGCCCAACAGACCCAACGUUAGUUGCAACAGGGGGUGGUGAUGACAAGGGAUAUAUGUGGAGAAUUGGUCGAGGAGAUUGGGCUUUUGAGCUCCAAGGUCAUAAAGAUUCUGUAUCCAGCGUCUCUUUUAGUGCUGAUGGACAGCUCCUUGCAUCUGGAGGCUUUGAGGGAAUUAUCCAUGUCUGGGAUGUAUCUGCAGAAAAAUUGAAGUGCACACUUGAUGGACCAGGAGCUGGAAUUGAGUGGGUCAAGUGGCAUCCUAGGGGACAUCUUAUCUUAGCAGGGUCAGAGGACUUUGGUGUUUGGAUGUGGAAUGCAGACAAGGGAGUCUACCUUAACAUGUUUAGUGGUCAUGGUGAUGUGGUGACUUGUGGUGAUUUUACGCCUGAUGGCAAAACAAUAUGCACGGGCUCAGAUGAUGCAACAUUGAGGAUAUGGAAUCCAAAAAGUGGUGAGAACAUUCAUGAGAUUAGAGGCCACUUUUAUCAUUCUGAUGGAUUAACAUGCAUGGCGAUAAGCCCUGACUCGGCUGUAGUCUUGACUGGGUCAAAGGAUCAUAAUGUUCACAUGGUCAAUAUUUCGUCAGGAAAGGUGAUCGGCACUUUGUCUGCUCAUAAGGAUUCAGUAGAAUGUGUGGAGUUUUCACCAAGUGGGCAGUGGGCUGCAACCGGAAGUUUGGAUCAGAAACUCAUCUUGUGGGAUCUUCAGCAUUCAGAACCUCGCAGUACAUUUCUCCACGAGGAUGGGGUGUCAUGCUUGACAUGGAUCGGGACAUCAAGGUAUAUAGCUACGGGAUGUGUUGAUGGUAAAGUGCGAAUAUGGGAUAGUCUUUCCGGAGCAGAGACAGCUGUUCGGACCUUCAGUGGGCACACUGAUGCUGUUCAAUCUUUGAGUGUUUCCGCAGACUGUAAUUUCCUUGUUUCUGCAGCUCUUGAUGGGACAGCUCGUGUUUUCGAGAUAGAUGAACUAAAGUGAACUUCAUAAAUUUAGAAGGAAGCAUAGGAGAGGCAGGAAUAUGCAAGGAUAAGUAUGAGCUAUACAUGGAGCCAUGGUGCAUGAAGAACGAAUGCCAGAAAUUAUGCGAGACUAAGAAGUUCUAUAGAUUAUUGGCUUCAAGAUGUAUUGAAGAUUAUUGUGAAUGCACUCAUUUUUGUAGGCAUGGCUCUUAAAUAUUUUCUCAUCCUAUACCAUAAGACUAAGAGCAUAUUAUAAAAGUACGGAAAAUUUGUCAAAAUAAAAAAGGUUCAAUUUGCGGAAAAAAACUUAUAAAGCAUCUUUUGCAAAAAGAAACCACAAACUUAAUUUUUCUUGCAAGAAGAAACCUAUUCCCAUUUUCUGGUGUGUUUUUUCUCAAUUCCCAAUUCCGGCGCUGAUCCUUUGAUUUUCUUUUUUAACCCCUUAUUUCCAUUAACUACGGCACCACUCUUAUGCAUCUCAAAAACCAUACCAGAAAAUAGGAAUAGGUUUCAUUUUGCAAGAAAAUUUAAGUUUGUGGUUUUUUUCGCAAAGAAUGCUUUAAAAAGUUUUUUCGCACAAAAUUGAACAUUUAAAGGUUUUUUUUUUUUGACAAAUUUCCUAAAGGUAUAUCUUGGGGUUGUUCUUUUUGUGUACUUAAGAAACCUAUGUGUACUAUUGGUUUAUGAUGUUUAAAAUAUAUUUACUGUGUUUCGUUAA